CGUCACUUCCUCUCAAGCGCCCUGGUCUCUAGAAAGGUGGCUGCUCUACUUCGAGAUGCGCAUCGAGAAGUGUUAUUUCUGUUCCGGGCCCGUGUACCCGGGGCACGGCAUGAUGUUUGUCCGCAACGACUGUAAGGUUUUCAGAUUUUGUAAAUCUAAAUGCCAUAAAAACUUUAAAAAGAAGCGCAAUCCUCGCAAGGUUAGAUGGACAAAAGCCUUCAGAAAGGCAGCUGGCAAAGAACUUACAGUGGAUAAUUCAUUUGAAUUUGAAAAACGUAGAAAUGAACCUGUCAAAUACCAGAGAGAGCUAUGGAAUAAAACAGUUGAUGCCAUGAAGAGAGUAGAAGAGAUCAAACAGAAACGUCAAGCUAAAUUUAUAAUGAAUAGAUUGAAGAAGAGCAAAGAACUACAGAAAGUUCAGGCCAUCAAUGAAGUCAAACAAAAUAUCCACCUUAUCCGGGCACCUCUUGCAGGCAAAGGAAAACAAUUGGAAGAAAAAAUGGUGCUCAAAUUACAACAGGAUGUGGACAUGGAAGAAGAUUCUUAGAGAUCUCAAAAUGUUCUGCAAUCUUCACUUUAUAUCUGUCUAGAAAAUAUCUUGCAGAGCCUUGGAACUCUUGUUCAUCAUUGAUUUCUUUUUCAUAUUAAUUCAGUAAAAUGAGAGAUCAUUAAAAAUACAUCUCUUUCACAUUGUUAUCUGUAAACUAUCAAGUUAUAGAGAUGUUAAAUGUGUGGAUUUCAAGGUUAAAGCAAAAUUGAAUUGGUGCUCUUUUGAAAGUCAUGAAAAUGCUAUUUAUAAUUACAGAAGUGCAUAGAAACAAAAUGGCUGUAUCAUUAGGAUAAUGACUUCCAGCAUUUAUCUAAUGUUAUAAUUACAUUAUGCUUUAAGGUCACUUAGGUAUAAAAUAAAACAUUUCUUUUUAA